AUGUGUCUGAUCUGGAUUAACCUUAAAGAUAUAAAAGAUGAAGAUGAGAAAACUAAAGACAAAGAAAAAGAAAAAAAUGAAGAUGAUGAAGUUAAAAAAGAUGAAAAAGACAAAGCUAUAGAAGAUAAUAAAGACAAAAAUAGUGAAGACAAUAAAGAUAGUGAUUUAAGAGCUU